CUCCGAUUGUCCCCAAGCUCUGCUCCUAUCUUACUGACGCAAACAGCGCCUCCUAAAGCGCUAACAGACUGAAUGACGAUUACAGCAUAUACGCGGGGAGCACAUUCAAACCUCUACUGAGUAUGAUCAUCCAUCCGAUCCAAAAAUUGUGUACUGUAAUGCUCUACUGAAAUGGAGGAUAGUUUCGACUGCGACUGUGGUGAGCUUGAGCCACCUGAUCAUUGAGGGUGGAAAGACUUUUGGAAAACUUAAGGUCGAACACAUUUCAGAUAUACAGACAAGUUAGGCGAACUGCAAGGACAUUUUUUUAUAAAGUCCUGGAACAUUGCCCUUUUGGCACGCUAGUAUGAAACAGCUCAGGACCAGUCUCACUAUCAACGUAUCUGCCCUUUGAGGAUGCACUCAACAUUAAAUUUUCUCAAAUUCCACUACAUUGCUGGUUUAUUUUGUAACGAUACGUUUUUUUGCCUAUAUUGUUUCCCUUUUUAAUACAAUGGCAAGACGAUUGACCAUAGAUUAAUCUCCUGUAUUUGGGUUGUAGGCCUUACGGGGAAGCAUAUCACCUCUGCAAGGUAUUUUAUUUACAUCCAAAUAGGAAUACAGAAAGCCACAUUAUUACCAUUUUUUCAUUGGACUUAAACUCUGGUCUUGAUUAAAGUUAGUGACUAGGGAGUGGUUAAAGCUCAUAACACAAAAUGGCUGAAAAGUUUGAGUCCCUGAUGAACAUACAUGGCUUUGACAUUGGUCCUCGCUACAUGGACCUAAAGCCCCUAGGCUAUGGAGGUAAUGGCCUAGUGUUUUGCGCCGUAGACACUGCAUGUGACAAGUGUGUCGCGGUCAAGAAGAUUGUCCUUACCGACCCCCAGAGCGUCAAGCACGCCCUCCGGGAAAUUAAAAUCAUCCGUCGCCUCGACCAUGACAACAUCGUCAAGGUGUUUGAGACGUUGGGCCCCAGUGGUCAAAGGCUAACGGAGGACGUGGUGUCUCUGGCCGAGGUCAACUCGGUAUACAUUGUGCAGGAGUACAUGGAUACGGAUUUGUGUAAGGUGCUGGAGCGGGGCCUCCUGUCCGAGGGCCACGCCAGGCUAUUUGUGUACCAGUUACUCAGGGGCCUCAAGUACAUCCACUCUGCCAACGUGCUGCACCGUGACCUCAAGCCCGCCAACCUGUUUGUCAACACAGAGGACCUGGUCCUGAAGAUUGGCGACUUUGGCCUGGCACGUAUCAUGGACCCACACUACUCUCACAAGGGUCAUCUGUCUGAGGGCCUGGUCACCAAAUGGUACAGAUCUCCCCGGUUGCUGCUGUCUCCCAACAACUACACAAAAGCCAUCGACAUGUGGGCAGCUGGCUGCAUCUUCGCCGAGAUGCUCACGGGGAAAACGCUGUUUGCGGGGGCCCAUGAGCUGGAGCAGAUGCAGAUGAUCCUGGAGUCAAUCCCUGUGCUACGGGAGGAGGAUCGCCAGGAGCUACACGGUGUCAUCCCAGUGUUCAUCCGCCGCGACAUGUCCCAGCCACACACCCCCCUUGUAAAGCUGCUGCCUAAUGUCAGCCCCCAGGCGCUCGAUUUCUUGGAGAAGAUCUUGACCUUCAACCCCAUCGACCGCCUGACGGCGGAGGAGGCCAUGGCCCACCCCUACAUGUCGGGCUACUCCUUCCCCCUGGACGAGCCCAUCGCCCUGCAUCCAUUCCACAUUGAGGACGAGGUGGACGACAUCCUGCUCAUGGACCAGAGCCACAGCCACCCCUGGGACAGGUACCAUGACAGCCAGAUGUCCGAGGUUGACUGGCAUCUGCAUAGCACCCACGACCCAGACGAGGUGCAGUUGGACCCGCGGGCCCUCUCUGACGUCACAGAUGAGGAAGAGGUCCAGGUUGACCCCCGCAAGUAUACUGACGGCGAGUGGGAAAAGUUCUUCGAUGAGCCGUCUUACGACCACUCGUCUCUAUUCCCGGUGGAGAGCCAGUGGCACGAGGAUGACGAGGAUGACGACCACCCCCACCACUAUCACCACUACCACCACUACCACGAAAACAAGUACUGUGACCAGGAGUGCGGCCGCAAUUGCAACUACAAAGCUGCGUCCCCCUCCUACCUUGACAGCCUUAUCUGGCGCGACAGCGAGGUGAACCACUACUACGAGCCCAAGCUUAUCAUUGACCUGUCCAACUGGAAGGAGCAGCAGAGCAAGGAAAAAGAAGAGCGCAAGGCCAAGAGUAAGUGUGAGGUAAAUGGCCUUGUCAAGGCCCAGAUUGCCCAUAAGGAGGGGCUGCAGGACCAGGGCCCCUUUGAGAAGGACAGCGAGCAGGAGAAGCACCAGACGCAGGUCAACCCCACUCCACAGAACCCGGGCUUUGACUUUGACUCCUUUAUUGCUGGCACCAUCAAGCUCAGUCUGCAGCCGGAGCCCUUCCAGGAAGUGGGCCUCCUCAACGAGCUCAACUCCUCCGUUUCCCAGCUGGAGGCAUCACGCUCGGCUUCUGUGCCCAAGUCCAUCAGCCAGGAGAAGGAGGAGAAGUGCCUUGUCAACCUGGCACAGCUGGGUGGUGGUGUGGGGCCUGGGGAGACGGCCCGGCCCCUCAACCCCUGGGGGUGCUUCGGAGGUGGAGAGCCGGCAGACGAUGGCGGCCGGCCGAUCAAUGAAGUGUGCUGGGACGUCGGAGAGGAGGAGCAGAAGCCGACCCCGUACACAAGCUACCUGGACCGCCUGUUCAGCCGAAGGGAGGACGGCGGGGCAGGGCAGACUCCCGAAGGCCCCCCACCCCCUGAGGAGCCGUCGGAAGACAAAGAGCGUGAGGCGUGCUUCCUGGGUAGCAACGACAAGCUGGAUUUUAACCUGCAGCUGGACUCUCUGGAUCUGCCCGGCUUCAACUGCUCAGACGACCUGCCGCUGAAGUCCAUCCAGGCAACGCUGACACCAGCUGCCGUCAAAUGCUCGCCGCAAAUUGCCCACAAGACCUACAGCAGCAUCUUCAAGCAUCUAAAUUGAGGAAGAUGAAUGCAAACAGGAGGCACAUUUAAGAAUCUCCACACAGUGCAAAGUCAUAUUGUUUUUUUUUAUCAUAGUAAUGUAUUAUUUUACUUGAAUCAAUUCAUUAUGUUUUAAUGUAUUGCAUUUAUUUUAUAUAAACUUAAUAAUUGACCGCUCUGAGCCUUUUACAACCAACCUUUGUGGGUUUCUGUCCGUUAAUGCCCAUCAAUAAACUUGGUAUUCACACACAACCAAGUACUGUAGACUGGCUAAGAGGAGGAGGAAUAGGGGAGUUGAGGUGGUCUAUGCUCAAGGCCAGGAUGGGAGACAUUGCAUUGAUAUAAUUGCUGUGGAAGUUCUUCCGAACCCAAACGCCUUUAUUUUAAUUUAAUUUUUUCUGGUAUGAAAGACAUGGUGAUCUUUUUGUUUCAGUGCAUAUAACUUAUACUUUUCCCAAAGAGAAUUUGCUAAACAGCCCUUUUACAUACUGUAAAUUGUUAUUUUGACACAUGAUGCCAGCAGCAACACUCUUGUAGACGUGUAAUUGUGUUCUCUACCUCAAGGUGAGGGCCGUGAGACACACGCUUAGUAGUAGUCGUGCUUCACACUCUCAUCCCGUCAGCACAGAGGUGUGUGUGUGUGUGUGUGUGUGUGUGUGUGUGUGUGUGUGUGUGUGUGUGUGUGUGUGUGUGUGAGAGAGUGUGAGAGUUCUAGCACAGCGAGGUAGACACUUAUUUAUUUUGAGAAGACAACAUGCAAUAUUUAUUUUUAGGCUUGUUUCAUUUUUUUUCUGCUCCAUGUGGUUUUAUUGGACAGUUGGGUAGUCAACCUUCCAGUUGUUGUGAUUACAUUAUUUUUGGUAGGUAUUUCACAUUUAUUUUCUUUGGCUUCCAGAAGAAAUUGAAGCCUUCCAUCAGUCAUCACCCAAAUAUUCAUCAUUGUAUUUGUUUUUAUUCAAUUUAUUUGGUGCAUUAUGUAUUUCAAUCAUUUUUGGAGAAGAGUGGGCCUAGAAGGAAGGAGAGCGGACAGUGGCCUGUAGAGUAGCUCCAACAAGUCUUAACUAAACAAAUUUAAAUGCAUUAAAACCGAGUGCAUGGAUAUUCAGAAAGUACAAAACUAAUUGUGAUCAUUCAUCUUAUUUCAAUUGUAUGUUAUUUUAUAUAUAUAUAAUAAUUAAAUUUUUUGACGUAUUGUGAACUAGAUUAUCUUUUUUUCAUGCCUUAUAAUGCUGACUUCAGAUUAUUUUUUAAAUCAUCGGUUCCCCCAGUUCUGCUGAAUCUCAAUAAAAAUACAGGCAAAGUGA